UUGGUUGCACGUCAGCUUUGGCGCAUUUUCGGCUGGUUUGAUUCAUCCAUUUUGAAGAGACGGGGGAGCGGGGGGUUCGUCUCAUUACGGGUCUCUGAACCAAGGAGCGGCAGAGUUUGAGAAGCCAGCGGCUCGGGGUUCUGCGGUAUCGGCCCCCUCGGCCGAAGUUGGGGGGGGUGGGGCGCCCAGCGCGCGGGGUGGGGGGGGUCUUGGUCUUUGGCUUCUCAACUCGGUCCUGAUUCGACAGCGAACAUGUCUCGGCCUGUCAGAAAUAGGAAGGUCGUUGAUUAUUCACAGUUUCAGGAAUCUGAUGAUGCUGACGAAGAUUAUGGAAGAGAUUCAGGCCCUCCUGCUAAGAAAAUUCGAUCAUCUCCUCGAGAAGCUAAAAAUAAGAGGCGAUCUGGAAAGAAUUCACAGGAAGACAGUGAAGACUCAGAAGAAAAAGAUGUGAAGACCAAGAAGGAUGAUUCUCACUCAGCAGAGGACAGUGAAGAUGAAAAAGAAGAUCAUAAAAACGUGCGCCAGCAACGGCAGGCAGCCUCUAAAGCGGCGUCUAAACAGAGAGAGAUGCUCAUGGAAGAUGUGGGCAGUGAAGAAGAACCAGAAGAAGAGGAUGAGGCACCAUUCCAGGAGAAAGAUUCCGGCAGUGAUGAAGAUUUUCUAAUGGAAGAUGAUGAUGAUAGUGACUAUGGCAGUUCAAAAAAGAAAAACAAAAAGAUGGUUAAGAAGUCCAAACCUGAGAGAAAAGAAAAGAAAAUGCCCAAACCCAGGCUAAAGGCUACAGUGACGCCAAGCCCUGUGAAAGGCAAAGGGAAAGUGGGUCGCCCCACAGCUUCAAAGGCAUCAAAGGAAAAGACUCCUUCUCCCAAAGAAGACGACGAGGAACCAGAAAGCCCCCCAGAGAAGAAGACAUCUGCCAGCCCCGCGCCCGAGAAGUCUGGGGAUGAAGGGUCUGAAGAUGAAGCCCCGUCUGGGGAGGAUUAAAAGUGAUGAUGGUUUGGGAGAGAUUUUAUUUAAAAAACAAAAAACAAAAAAAAGGAAAAAAGAAAACGGGGAAAAAAGAAAACCUACAUAAGAUAGAACAUGGUUUUGGCUAUGGCUUGACUCAUGGGCUUUCAACGCUUUUUUUCCUUUUGUUGAAAAUAACAUCUUCUCUCUUUUUUAAAAAAAUUUUUUUAAUUAAGAAAACCAUUGUAUGUUUAAUUUACCUUUUUGUCUAUUGGUCUUUUCUUUGCCACCACCCUCUCCUCCCUCGCUUUUCCAAUGAAAGCCGUGUCAAAUUAAUCACUGGAUCAACUGCUUCAUCUUUUUAUUUUUAAUGGAUGGCAUACCACAGUUGUAAAGCAAUAAGAUUUGAGAUGAACACUAUGGAAAUGUUGCUUUUUGCUAGACAGUAGCAAGUUGAGCAGUAAUCAAAAAACAUUAGAAGGGUUUUAGUUCAAAACGAUUGCCUCUUUCUCUACUUAAACUUUUUAAAAAAUCAAUUGUCAAGUUUAUUUUUUACCUUGGGGCAGGGCAGGGAGUAGGUUACCUGACCUUGUUUGAGGGUGUGGGUUUUUUGUGGGGGUUUUUUGUUGUUGUUUUGUUUUUGUUUUUUUGUUGUUUUUUAUUUCAUUUCAUCACUUGUUAUCUCAAAGAGAUUCAGAGCCAGUGACCCUUUUAUCCUGCUACAGUCUUUAAGAAAUUUAAAAAACAAAAACAAACAAACAAAAACAAGGGCCUCUAAAACUUAAAUCAUGCUUAAUUUCCUACUUGAUUCUCUAAUGGUUCAUGUUUUAAAAUCUAUGUAUAUCCUGUUUCUUGGAUAAAAUUUUACCAAGGAUAAAAAAAACAAACAAACCUAGAAUUUAAAUGGCAAGUCUAUAUUAUCACAGUGGAUUUCUUCUCAAACUGACAAUGUUUAGGUUUUAAGCAAAUAAAAUACCGGUUAAUGUGAAACUCAUUCACAAAGACUUGCGAUUUUUUCCUUGAUGAAAACAAAGAACUGAAAUUCUUUUAUGCCAUAAAUGUGCGUGCAUUCAGAUCCCAUGAAUUGUGCUGUUUUUAUUUGAGGAUAGAACAUUUUCCUUUUUGUAUGCCUGUCCUCCCUAGGUCUUCAUGGAAGCACGGUGUGAAGGGCAUCUCUUGGCCUCCUGCUGGAGCGGAGGGCACCGCUGCAUACCUCCCCCAGUGCCUACCAGCCCUGCUAUAGGACAUGACUUCUCCUGGCUCUGUCUUCACUUCCCAUCCUGUGUUUUGUGGGUGUGUGUUCAAUGCUCCCACACUAUUCAGUUUGCCUUUUUUUUUUUUGAACUGGUGCGCCUGCUUACUAUUCAUGUUGCUUAAAGCAGGAAUUGAUGGGGUACAGCAGGGCUAGAGAAAGCAGGCAUUCGGGAGGCCUGUGUGCAGUUGAUAACAGACUUUCCAUGCCUUAUGGAAGCAGUCAGGAGAUAGAUCUGUAAGUUUGAUCCUUCACAUCCUGACACCUUAAGCUUCUGGGAGCAAGGGUCAGGGGCCUUAGCGUGCUAAGAAGUUCAAAAAUUAGUGAAAUUUAACCUCUGCGUUUUUAUUUAGGUUUGCUUCCUUAGUAUUUUACUUACGCAGUUUUUUUUCCUUUCAAUUACAGCAUAUUUUUCUGUCAGGCAAAGUGGCUUUCUUUCAGGUGUUCCUAGAACAAAAGGUUAUUUAAGGAAUAUUUUUACUCUGAUUAUUAAGACACUUUAAUAUUUUUACUUUGUGAUUAAAAAAAAAAUAACACCCAGUGACAGAGAGUCAUUUCACUGUUGCACUAUGUGUUAAAGAUUGAAUUUGAAGAUUGUAGUACUAGGCCAAAAAUGCAAAGCUUGAACAUAAGUAGAAGUUGGAUUGUUACCUAAAGAUUAUUCUGUUUGCUUUAGUGGGUUCGUUCAGGUAUCUAAUUUUAACAAGGUUUGGGUCUUAUAGCAAGAGACCUAUCAGUGUUUCCACCAUGCACUUCUAUUUUUAGGGGUUUAUAACUUUAAGUCUUACAUUCCUAGUAACAUUUGGGAUUUUCUUAGAUCAUGUUUUGUGAAAAUUGGGGGGAGGUGUCUUUUAAAACUUUAGCCUUGGUAUUUUAUGUAAUACAGUCUCUUUAAUAUAUUAAUCUGCACUAACAUCUCUGAUAUAGGCACAUACUUUAGAGGUAAUCUUGUCUUCUAAGUUACUUGUGUGCAUUUGGUUGGGCUUUUUGUGUGGGAUCCCUUUUUUAAAAAUUAAUUCAUGAUAUUGAAAAAUGUAUUACGUAUUUCUAAUAGACUGGACAAAAGGAUCUGUGUCCCCAAGUGAGACAGGCUCUGAAUGACCUUUGUUUUCUCCACUUUUUAUUGAUUAAAACACUCUAGUCUUCCCCUCAAAUCAUGCAUGCAAAGAAGAGGGUAGCUGUGGCGUCUCAACUGGAAGCAGGUGCUCAAUAGUCGGGCUGAUGGUGGUGUCGGGAAGGGUACGGGCUGUAAGCUGACAGGGGCUGGCCAUUGGCACCACCCUUGACUCAACUCCCUCUCUUUCUCUGGCGUGCCUAUGGUGAAAUGGCAGUGGCAUUCACCGUCUUGUUCUACAGUGCUCAGGAAGUGGGACAUUAACUUUGAAGGUGCUCGUUUGUGUUAACUGAAUUCUUACAUUAGCUCUGUUAGGGUUACUCCGAAACAUGGAUUUCGGCAGCUGUGCUGACUGACACUACAUUCUAGUUAUUAAGAUUUUUUUUCUAGAUUUCCCAACACACCUACAACUUGACAAGGGUAGUUUCCAUGUUAUUAAAUCUAUCUGUACCUUGCUGCUGCUUUUAGCCCUCCCCACCUCGGAUUGGAAUCAGUGGAGCAGGCCCAAAGGAUACUUCUUACUUUUAGUAGUGGUAGAUUUGUUCUUUCUAACCCCCCCUUUCAUAUCUCCACUUCUCACUGAGUCCAUAAAGGAAAAUCAAUGGGUAUGUCCUCCUUUAAGAAGGUAGUGAGUGGAAAUCUUUUCAUCUCAAAAAAUAAUGGUUGAUUUCCCACGAGGGAGGUUCGAUAGUGAUUUCCCCCCACACAGUAACAGUUGGCCCAGGUUUAAUUCUCAAUUUGAUUCUUAUUCUAAGUACUGACUCAAGUAGCAUUUUCCUACAGGUAACUAAUCAGGAGGAAUUGGAGAUGAUAAUCCAGUAAAGUUUUUGACACUCUUAUGGAUAUAUCUUCUGGUCAGCUAAACUAAAUUGCCCUUUUUCUUUUCCCCUCAAAGAUUUCUUUCUUUAUCCAUGGCCAUUCGGGUAGCAAGUGAAUUUUGGAGUACUAGUUGAG